CUCUGCUCCAUCUGCAGCAUCGUACAAAAAGUAGUCCAGCGGCUCCUAGCGGGAUGGGAUAUAAGUAGAAGAGAAUCCCGCUGUCUGGCAGUGAAGUUCCCUCCACCGACUCAGCACAAUGAACUCCAAGAUUUUCUUCCUGGUGUGCAUGGCGGCCGUGACUGCCGCAGACAAGCGGCCCUCUUUCUCCUACGGUGCUCCGCAGUUCUCAUCCGAGGAAACUGGCCCCGCUCAGUACAACUUCAACUGGGUAGUCAACGAUGCUCCUUCAGCUAACGACUUCGGUCAUCAGGAGACCCGCGACAACGACAACACUCAAGGGUCGUACUCCGUACAGCUUCCCGAUGGUCGUCUCCAGACCGUGACUUACUACGUCAACGGCGACUCUGGCUACAUCGCUGAUGUCCAGUACAAGGGCGAGGCUCGCUACCCCGACUCUGAUGAGGUCAGGUCUUAUGCCCCUCCAAGACCCCAGUACGGAUAAGACCAUCGUUCGGAUAAGAAUAGUAUGAAUAAGACCCAGGGGAUUGACUGGAGAGUAUGUACUAGAUGAGCAUUUUAUUUUAUAUUUAUUUUUCUUAUUAAUUAAAGCAAAUAUAUGAA